AUGGGGAUUCGUGGUUUCGGAUUUCAUGCGAUUCACCAGGCUGCUCAACCUGGUUUCUCAAGGCCUGGCCCUUCGACCUCUGGUGGCUUGGAAGCAGCCUCAAAUCGCACUGAUUUGAAUCAACCGACAUGUUCAAAGAGGACACCCUCCAUGUCCGACUACUGUCAGACACCAGUCAUCAGACACCAUCAGCGAUCUCCUGUCCAAAACAAUCGGAAACUCAAGCCAGCUGAGUCUGAUGACCGCCUUACAAAUGAGCUUCCCGGUUAUUGUCCGUCAAGUCUUCCUGCCUUUAUCAAUAUCCGGUUUGAUAUGCCUCUGAAAAUGCUAUCAAUGACUGUAUCUAACUCUGGCGAACCCUAA